UCACUCUUUGUUGUUUCUCUUUUAAAAUCUCCGUUGAAGUGGAAACUUCCAAAAGGGAUUAGGGAUUUUUUAUUUCCCUUUUGUUUGUUGGCUAUAACGUGUUAUGAUGGUCAUGUUUCUUUGCUGAUCUAUUAUUUUUUCUCUCCUUGCUUCAUAGUUUGCACAAGGAAUAUACCCCAGGAAUUAAAGGAAGAGCCACUCCACCCACCAAGAGUAGAAGAUGUCUCUGAUUGGAAAUUCACUCAGUGGGGAUUCAUCAAUAGCUAUUUUCUUUCCAGCAUUACACUUUUGAAAUUAUAGCUAAUUUGAUACUGACACCUUAAAUGGGGAAAUUGCCUCUGUUAAUAUAUGCUCUUCCUUCUUACUCCUGCUGGUUUUGGCACAAAGUCUCAAAUUUAAUAGCAGAUAUCUAAACGUAAAUGUCAUCCAAAGCAAUUAUAUUUUAUAAUAUUCAGUUUUGGUUCAAUUUUCUUUGUUUGUUAGCUUAAAAAACUAGUAAUUUACUUUAAUGCUGGUAAGUUCAAUGAACAAAAGAAGUUAGUAUAUAUAAGGAUGAAGCCAGUUCAGGUAUAAUUGAAGGAGAUGAUUGUACUGCAUUUAUAAAGCCGACUCAAAUUUUGUAAAACAAUUUUGAUCUUUGAGCUCCCACUCUCUGCUCUGCCAUAAACCAUUGGUGGAUACAUCUCUUUGUGAGAAACCUCCGAAAGCAACCUUUGUGGUCGCUUUAACUCCAAGGGGCAAAGCAAAGGCAGCAAAGUUACAGGAGGCAGGAGCUCUGCCCCCAAAAUGAUGCCUAUGGUGCCUGAACGUGCCAAGCUGCACUUGGUCAUGACUCUCUGGCAGUUAGGUUAUGCUGGGAACCAUAUCAUCUUGAGAUCUGCACUUGAUAUGGGAAUAAGCAAGAUAGUUUUCCCUCUUUAUCGGAAUGCUAUCGCACUGUUUGUUCUGGCUCCCUUUGCAUAUUUUUCAGAAAAGAAUGACAGGCCACCAUUAACCACUUCAAUUUUGAUAGAAUUAUUCCUCCUCGGAUUUAUUGGGAUAACAUGCAAUCACGGAUCCUAUCUUCUGGGUUUGGACAAAACUUCACCUACCUUUGCUUCUGCUACAGAGAACAUCGUUCCUGCUGUAACCUUUCUCAUAGCUGCGCUACUCAGAAUAGAGCAAGUGCACUUGAACAGGAAAGAUGGUAGAGCUAAGGUGCUUGGAACUCUUGCUUCUGUUGCUGGAGCUUCACUCAUUACCCUUUACAAGGGGCCAGCCAUUUAUACACCAAAUUCGCAUUUACACCAAUCACGAGUUUUGCAUUCUUUAGGAGAUGACGAGGGGGAGAACUGGACCUUGGGUUGCGUCUAUCUCAUUGUUCACUGCCUAUGUUGGUCCAGUUGGAUUGUUUUACAAGCACCCCUCUUGAAGAAAUAUCCGGCUCGGCUUUCGGCCACCUCAUAUUCUUGCUUCUUCAGUGUUUUGCAGUUUCUGGCAAUUGCAGCAUACUUUGAGAAAGACUCUCAAGCCUGGCAAGUUCACUCCAGUGCUUUUUUCAGUAUUUGCUAUACGGGACUGGUGGCUUCAGCAAUGGGAUUUGCAGUACAAACUUGGGUCGUUGACAAGGCAGGACCAGUAUUUGUUUCAGUCUAUCUACCUGUACAAACCUUGCUUGUAGCUGUAAUGGCCACUGUUGUUUUAGGAGAAGAAUUCUACUUGGGAGGGGUCAUUGGAGCAGUGUUGAUUGUGGCUGGACUAUACCUUGUUGUGUGGGGAAAAAGUGAAGAGAGCAAGUUCGCAACGCAAAAGGCUGUAAUUCCCUCUACGCCUGAGAAUAAAAAGAGAAAAUGCCCUAGUAGUCCUUCUCUCAUCCAACCAUUAAUUACUUCCUUUUCAGAGUGAAAAUGGUGACAACUUUCUUUACACUUUUCAGCAUGGACCUAAAACAGCAACAGCAAGAGAACCUGUUCUUCGAACCAAGAGAAAGAGAACAGUAGUGGUCCGCUCAUUUCAAACAGUUACAGAUGUUAUUGAUUGGUUGUCUCAUCUUCAAAGAUUUAAGAGUUUUUUGUAGUUCUUUGAGAGAGUGAGAAAAAUAAACAUGUUAGCUUUGUCAGGUAUUUGUAGCGGCGUAUUAAGGUGAAAACGGUCUAUCUCAAUAGACACUUUUCUAGGAUUCUUGUAGCUUAUUAAGGCGACUAUGCUUGCUGCAAAGGCAAUAAUCCGUCCAUAUAGAGAUUUCAAAAAUAAUUGAAAAACUGGGUUACUGAUAUCUCCUCAUGAUAGCACAGACUUCUUCACCUUUUAGAUUUGACAAAAUGAACGCAUCUAGUCGCAAAUGGCAUGCUUGCAUAACAAACA